AAUUUAGGAUAUAUACAUAUGUUGAAAAAUAUCGAUCACGUUUCAAAAAUAUAUUUCAUAUGCCUCCAAGAAAUUUCUAUGCGUUUACGAAUAAAGGCAUCGUUGCCGACCUUUUCAUGGAAACGCUGGAUUAAGACGGAAAAUUUUCUCCGGUUUACAGUUUGUCGUACGCAGUCAGUUAUCGAGAUAUCGCACUUCGCCACACGUGUAAAAGUAUUAAGGAACAUUGAUUAAUUUCCAGCGCACAAGACGCAACCAUGCCUAUCUCCAAAGAGCAAGUGCAGCAACUCAUUGCUUCAGACACCGUCGUGAUAUUUUCCAAAACGACAUGCCCGUACUGUAAAAUGGCCAAACAGGUGUUCGAGAACCUGCAAAAGAAGUACACCGCCAUCGAAUUAGACGAGAGAGAAGACGGCGACGAUAUUCAGAGCAUAUUGGGCGACAUGACCGGCGCUAGAACAGUACCCAGAGUGUUCGUAAAAGGAGAGUGCUUGGGAGGUGGUACCGACGUGAAGAAAUUGUUCGACAGUGGCGAGCUGCAGAAGAAGCUUUAAUUCUUUUUAUGUUAUUUGUAUAUCAAAUAUUAUACGUAAUUGUUUAUGUAACCGACUCAAACGGAAUAAAAGAAUUGUUCAUAUGAAAGUAA